CCGGCACUCCCUCUUCUCUUUCCUAUAGCACUGAAGUCUGGAAUAGCCUGGCAACGGGGCAGUGAGGAAUGCGUGCGGUCCAGGGACGGUUUUUUCCCACGGUGACGGGGCACCGUUGUGUUUUGAUGUAAAAUCCAAAAAAGUUGUCAAUGGAUUUUUUUCCACGUAAAUAAAAAAAAAAGUUAGGAAGAUUUCUUCCUCAGAAUUUUGUGCAAAUGGAGCAAAAUGUUAUCCAGCCUCCGGGAUGUGAAGGCGAUCCUCCGACAGCAGAGCAGAUUCUUCACAACAUUGAUAUACCCACUAGCACGCUAUAUGGAGUUCUAACAAUGAUGACUGUUCUGGGAAAUCUCGUGUACCUCGAAGAAAUCGUGUAUUUAUUGAGUAAAACACCUUUCUCUUACAAAAUGACUACUUACAUCUGGAUAACUGGGGCGCCACCGGUAAGUAUGGGGUUAAUACUGCGUCUGUGACCCAGAUUCUACGAUUUAGUCUGGUUAUACAACUUUCCUAUAUGGAGUGUCGCUUCUUUCAUUGUAAAGCCCAAAAUCUAAUCUAUUGUCCAAUGUGCUCUAGGUCAUAGCAGCCACUUCCUGCAUUGGGCUGUGGAUACCCGCUCAACCAUGUUUACAGACUUCACUGCAUCCAUGGAAGUGUUUUCAUGGACAAGCUGCCGAAUUAAAAACAAAACAAAAAUCCUGUAAAACAGCUGCUGAGUUACUUGAAGGGUAGUUGUUUUCAUCUACAUUUGGCUACAGGAGACAGAAACUUCGAUGCAUGUUGUAUUAACAAAGGGUUAAAAUGUUCUUACCUCUCAGAAGCAAAGCGACAGCCUGGUUGUCACCCUCUCCAUGCCCCUUUCUGCAGCUACUUCACAAUCUGUAUCCAUAAGUUCCUGGUGAUGAUGGUGGAGUAGUAUGGUGGAGAGGAGGCCUUCAUCCACAGGCUGCAUGGAGUUCCUAUGAAGAUCAGCAUGGGCCCUUGCUGUUGCUGCUGCUGCCUGUGUCUACCUAACAUACCAAUGUCCAGGAAGACUUUAACUGUUCUGAAGUCUGGGACACUGCAAGCAGCUCUCCUGAGACCCAUCUUGCUGUUUUUUGCCACAGUUCUGUGGACUAAUGGAAACUAUGAACAGGGAAAGAUGAAAGUUGAUGGCGCUUUCCUCUGGAUAACUAUUCUCUCUGUUGCUGCACUCAUACUCUCACUCUGGCCAAUAGGGAUUCUCUUCAACCAAGCAAAGUCCAACCUGUCCAGCCACAACAUAGUACCCAAGUUUGCUUUAAGUCAGAGUGUUCUUAUUCUGACCCAGGCUCAGGGUGGGAUCAUUAACUUGCUGGUCAGCACGGGGACCAUUGUGUGCGCAGCCCUCUUCUCAGCCAGAGCCAGAGGAGCAUUUAUGCAUCAGCAGCUGCUGGUGAUGGAGAUGUUCAUUCUCAUUCUAGUGUCAUGCUGUUACUACAGGCGGCAGUACCACCUGAACACAGAAGAGGGGUGUCCGCCCUAGUGCCAGGAGCAGGACAAGCUCAAGACUCACGCUAACGGGGGAGUCGUCCUUCUCACAAAGCCUGUGAUGGUGUCACAACAAAAGGUGUAACUAACGUGACUCUGAAGUAAAAUUAAACAAAACUAGAUGGUAACUUUACAGGUUGUGGGGCUUGCUUUAUUGGGAAAGUGGUCAAAGUAGCUGAUUUGUGUCAAAAGUCACAUUGUUUACUAAUUGUCUCAUGCUUAGAAUGUGCUAGAAUUUGAAAUUUCUCAAAGUUCUAUGACAGUUAAUUCAACAGUGGGAAGUAGCCUACUGAAAGUUGAUGCGGUUACUAAAACAGCUGUACCUCUUGAUUGGUAGACGCCAUUCCCGUUUUGAUUUCAUACUUGAAUAGCUGAGAAGUAGAGGAAUAUUUCAUUUGCUCUAAGUAGUCUAACUUGUUGGGAAAGUGGUCAAAAUUUCAGUUGUUUACAAAAAGUUAGAGAAAAUUUAGUUGAUGCGGUUACUAAAACAGCUGUACCUCUUGAUUGGUAAAAGUUAGUUAUGUUUUGAUUUCAGAACAAAACAUAAAUAACUUUGGGAAAGUGGUCAAAGUAGCUGAUUUGUGUCAAAAGUUACAUCGUUUACAGUAAAUAGAAUGUUGGAAGUCUGGGAGUUUUUAAACAAUGGGGAGAUUUAAAGUGGGGACUCUUGCUUCGCAAGCCCCACUAAAUAUUGUCUACCCCCUUCUGUUGUGUUUCUCUUUUCUGACACUAUUUCCCUGUGGCGUCAACAGCACCCAGCCCUCUAUCCACAUGCAAAGACAGACCGUUCCAGCAACUGUGUCACGAGUUGUCGUAUGAAUGGAAGAAGGCUGACAAAUACAAUGAUCCUGGAAACUUUCUGCAGCUUUUCUUUGCUUAUUAGGAACACCUAACACAUUUAAAAGCUUUAAGUAAUAAACAAGGUUUAAUACUAGAAAAAACAAAAAACAGUAUGUGCUGGAGAAUGUUUUCAUUGCCUUCACCAAAACAUUUAGAAGAUAUUACGAACGGUAUAGGAUUUUGUAUAUGCCAAAAUAUGUUUACGAGUAAAUGUUUUAAGUUUAUACUAUUGUUUAAAGCUUUCGAAUUGCAGAUUGUGAGUUUAGGAGAUACUCGGUGUGGAAUUUCUAUUUCAUGUUUCACACUGGAUUUAUCGCCAUAUAAAUAAAUUUGGUCUGGUAGAAAAAAGAAAAAAAAAAUCCCUCUACCAAAACUUUGCUUUAUGUCAAUUUGAAAAUACAAUACGGACAGCCAGAGAAGGUUGAGACUCAGACCUGGUUGUGACUUUACUGUGAAAAUGUACCGUGGGAAAAUUUUAUGAAGCCUGAAAAUAUAGGAUCUACAGCAAAAAUAAUAAGGGACUUAUCAAGAAAUGUAUUAUGCAAAUGAGUGGUAGGAAAAUGCUUUUUAAAACCUUGAUUAGUGUUUUUACCUUCUUCAUUCGACAGAAUAAUUGCUGGUUGACAGAGUAAAGAGUAGUGAUGUGUGGCCCACUUUUGUGUGGUAGAACUAGUACAGGGCGGAGCUUCACUCAGCAGCACACAAUGGGAUAGU